UGGCUUGCAGGCUGCAGGGCUAGUGACAGCAGGAGAGCCAGGAGAUACAGGCAGUUUCUGGAUACUGGGUGAGGAGCUGGGUGAGCUGAGAAGACUGAAGAGAGUACAAGCAGUGUGAGACUUUCCUCAGCACUAGUGGAUAAAGGGAGAGGUUACUUACCUUGAGUGCAAGGAGCCUUCCCCAGUGUGUGCAUCACCUCAGACAACAAGAUGUUUGCUGUGGAGCUGUCAAGGAUGGGAAUGUCAGCUCUGACAUGAGGAUAUCUAUCCAUGGGAGUAAAGCUGCAUCAUCAAUUCUGUUACAGCAGGAGAGUGAGACCCACGGGACUCCUCUAAGAUGUCUUACAGAAAGGAGCUAGAAAAAUACCGAGACCUAGAUGAAGAUCAGAUCCUUGGAGCUCUGACAGAGGAGGAGCUCAGGAAGUUAGAGAAUGAACUGGAAGAGCUGGAUCCUGAUAAUGCACUUUUGCCAGCCGGGCUCAGGCAGCGGGAUCAGACGCAAAAGCCACCAACUGGCCCAUUCAAAAGGGAGGAGCUCAUGGCCCACCUAGAAAAGCAGGCAAAGGACAUUAAAGACAGAGAAGACUUGGUUCCUUUCACGGGCGAAAAGAGAGGAAAAGCUUGGAUUCCCAAGCAGAAGCCGAUGGAUCCCGUUUUGGAAAGUGUGACUCUGGAGCCGGAACUGGAGGAAGCCCUUGCUAAUGCUUCUGAUGCAGAACUCUGUGACAUUGCUGCCAUCCUUGGCAUGCACACCUUGAUGAGUAACCAGCAGUACUAUGAGGCCCUGGGGAGCAGCACCAUCGUGAACAAAGAAGGCCUCAACAGUGUGAUUAAGCCCACAAAGUACAAACCAGUUCCUGAUGAGGAGCCAAACUCAACAGACGUGGAGGAAACUCUCAAACGAAUACAAAGCAAUGAUCCUGACCUUGAGGAAGUCAACCUUAACAAUAUUAUGAAUAUUCCCAUACCAACUCUAAAAGCUUUUGCAGAAGCGCUGAAAAACAACACGUAUGUGAAGAAGUUCAGCAUAGUCGGGACCCGGAGCAACGAUCCUGUUGCUUUUGCCCUGGCAGAAAUGCUGAAGGUCAACAGCACACUGAAGAGCCUGAAUGUGGAGUCAAACUUCAUUUCUGGGUCUGGGAUCCUGGCUAUUGUCGAAGCACUUGAGGGCAACACGUCGCUUGUGGAGCUGCGCAUUGACAACCAGAGUCAGCCCCUGGGCAACAAGGUAGAAAUGGAAAUCGCAAAUAUAUUGGAAAAGAACACCUCCCUGCUGAAGUUUGGGUACCAUUUCACUCAGCAAGGUCCCCGGCUUCGCGCCUCCAAUGCCAUGAUGAGUAACAAUGACCUGGUGAGGAAGAGAAGACUUGCAGAGGUGAAUGGGCCUAUUUUUCCCAAGUGCAGAACUGGAGUGUAGUUCCUGACUAUGGAGGUCAUUCCCAGUGAUCUGUGCUACACUGUGGAAAUCUAAAGGCAAUUAAGUGCCUUGACAGAGUAUUUGUGGUGCCUCUGUUCUGUUUUAUGCACUAACAGUUGAAAUGAAAUAGUGGCUGUAGUUUGUAUCAAGAUUUUAUCCAGUAGGACUGUUGAUGUUUUCUGUAGAGCUGGAAACUAUUCAAGCCAACGUGUCAAUUUUAUGCAACCUCAGUUUAGAGUACAAUCCAGCGUUAAAGGGGAUUAAUUUUUCUAUAAAAUUCCUGCACGGUGUUUCAUAGUUAGGAUGUGGUAUGCAUGAAUGAAAGAUACAAUUGUUUCACACAAAUUAUAGAAGUAUUAAAAAAAUACUUUAUUUUUCAAAGUUGAUCUCAAGUAACUACAGAGGAGAAACUAGCAUUUAGCAAGCACUUCUAACAUCUGGAAACAUGGCUAAUUUCAAGAAUUGAGUUACAAUUUUUUGCCAACAUUUGCUGAAUCAUUUGAGAUGUUGUGUCAAAUGCAUCCCAGUGUUUCUUAUAAAAAACUGAUCUCCACUCCCGAUUAAAUGGAAUUUAAGGCCACCAAAUAUAAAACAGUCUCAAAAAUCAAGAUGGGUGAAUAUCCUUCAAUCCCAUGCACAUGUGAAGGAAGCAGUCAUUCUUAGAGGUGCAAACCCUAACCCCCAGAGCUGGCCAAACUAAUUGGCAAAUGAGAACCUUCUCUUUUACUCCCCACUCCUUCAGUUUCCUAGUGUUAAAAGCGUUUGUCCAGAUAUUCACUGCAGACAGGUCAAAUUCUCUCCCUUUGCUGUUUUGUCUAGAUGAACAUGUCUAUUAACUAAAUUUUGUUCUACUAGGAAUUAUUUCUCUUACUGCUGUCCCACAUGUCCACAUAAAUGCAAGAAUAAAUGCUGUGCCCUAAAAAAGCUGUGAAGUGAAAUACCCCAAAUUCUGAACUUACACUACAUAUGAUCUCACAGCUUUUUGUCAGUGUACACUCAUCAUCCAGCCUGGGAGGAAUUCCCCACAGGCUUGUGCAUCUCCCAGACCUGCAGCAGACUGGACCCAGCACAUCCGAAACUCCUACUGUUAACGUGGGUGGGAUCCUGCUCAGUAAGAAGUCUCCACGGAAAAAGCAUUGCUGUACUGAAACCUUAAUCUUGGGCAGAUGACACAUCCUAGAAAAUGUUCUCUCUUGCUAGAAGUCUACCUCUAAAUGUCUGUUAGAGAGUGAAGUUUUUCAGCCUUUUACAUAUAUUCUGGCAAAGUCCCAGAGAUUUCUCCAGAGCUUGUGCACAAACACCGCUGAUGAUUUAGCUCUGACCAGCGAAGCAGAGAACACUAUUCAGCAAUGUGGGAAACAUACUUGUUGCUCUCCAAAUCUUAAUAAAUGUGCCCAUGGUGUCAUAUAAAAUGCUUUACCACAGCUUGUUUCCUCCACUGUGCAAGUUCUGUAUCAGAAAAUGAAUGUGGAAUAAAAAUACUUGAAAACAUAUUAAAAUGAAAAAAACUGG